AUGCAAGCACUUAAGUGUGUCGUGGUCGGCGAUGGUGCCGUAGGUAAAACAUGUCUUUUGAUAUCCUAUACAACGAAUACAUUUCCUGGUGAAUAUAUUCCGACGGUGUUUGACAAUUAUUCAGCGAAUGUUAUGGUUGAUGGAAAACCGAUCAAUCUCGGUUUGUGGGAUACAGCUGGUCAAGAAGAUUAUGACCGUCUUCGUCCGUUAUCUUAUCCACAAACGGAUGUUUUUAUUAUUUGUUUUUCACUUGUUAGUCCAGCUUCGUUUGAAAACGUUCGAGCUAAAUGGUUUCCUGAAGUAAGUCAUCAUUGUCCUGAUACACCGAUUAUUCUUGUCGGUACGAAAGUCGAUUUACGCGAUGAUAGAAAUGUGAUUGACAAACUUCGAGAGAAAAAGUUAUCACCAAUAUCUACAUUUCAAGGCGAAUCAAUGCGUAAAGAAAUAGGUGCUCUCAAAUAUCUUGAAUGUUCUGCAUUAACACAGAAAGAUUGUUAUGUUAAAGAUACUAUGACAGGUGGUGGCGAAUCAAUGACAAGUACACGUACGUCGGAAGUGAAAUUGCAAGAGGAGAAACGUCGUUUAGCAUUAUUGCAAGAGUCGUUAUCUCGUUCGAAUGCAUUGACAAGUGGUAUGGUUGCAACAUUGGAUAGUUUCGAACGUAAAUUGAAAUCAUUAGAUGAACUUGUUACACCUGUCUACGAAGCAACAAAUGAAUUAAGUUUACUCUUAAAUAAUGUUGGCAAAAGUCUAUCAAUAGUUGAUUCUGUUCUUCAUUAUUAUGAAAUAUGUGGCGAAUUAAAGCCAACUGUAUCAUCAGGUCCAGGAGGAAAUCUAACGGAUUAUUUAACAGAAUUAGAUCGUCUUGAAGAUGCAGUUAAGUAUUUUAAACGUGUUACAGCUGUUGCAGAACGUGAACGUGUGACACAAUUAUAUGAUCUUGGAAGAAAACGACUUGUAGAAGAAACCGAUAAACUUAUUUUAAGAUAUGCAAAUCCAUUAUCACCUAAAGAAGUUAUUGAACUGUGUGAAUCAAUAAAUACAUCAAAUAAAAAUGAUAUUCAUUCAAUGCAAGAAGCUGACAUGGCCGUGUUAAGAGCAAUUAUAGAAUGGUUUAGUUCACAUGGUUUUCGACAAGGUCUUAUUGAUUCGUAUUCAAUAAAACGAGGAACAAUGAUUCGACGUUCGCUUCAACUCCUUGAAGAACAUGUGAGAAAAACUUCCAUUCGUCGUGGAUCAACACUUCUAGUAACAUCCAGUCCAAAUAUGUCUCAACAUGGAUUAUCGAGUUCCGAUACAUUGAGAAAACAAGGAAGAAAACUUGGUCACUUUUUUACACCUGAAAUGAGUCGUCGUUUAAUACGCUCACCAGCUACGAAUACAUUACCACGUGGUAUGAAUUCUCCCUUGUCAUCAUCUGUAACAGUCAUGGACGAUACAGUUAUUAUUGAAACAAGUGAUGAUCAUGACACCAAUAAUUAUAAAUUAUUACUCGAUGCAUUUAUUGCACUCUUACAACGUGAUCGAGAUUUAUUAAAUUAUGUUUUUCCUAAAGAAUUGCAAUCACUUGUAUUUACAAAAUUAAUUGAAUUACCUCUAGUACAUAUGCGUGAAGUAGCAUUAAAUCUAUGUGAAUCUAUUGAACGUUUACCACAUAAAUUAGAUGCAGGAAAAUUUGCAGUUUAUGGAUUAUUUUCUAUUUUAAAGUGGUUUCUAAAAUCUCGGCCGACUUUCUCGAAACUUUAUCAAGAAAGUGAUGUUGCUCGACGACAACAAUUUACUACGCUAUCGGCAACAUUUGAACAAUCAGCAGUGAAUUGUCUUCGAGCAGUUCUAGAUGAAGUUCGAUUAGAUGCAUCACCACCAAGUCAAGGUGGUAAUGUUCAUCCGUUAACAUCACAUGUAUUGGCUUUUAUGGAAGGUUUACUUGGUUAUGAAGAGACAGCCACUAUAAUUGCUUCGAUUUAUGUUGAACAAGACCAGCGAAUGAAUAGCGCUGGCUUAACAGGAACAGACAAAGGUCUUUAUGACUUAGGAACAUAUUUUGCUCAAUUGGUUCGAUGGCUUCAUGCGAGUUUAUCGAAGAAAACUGAUGGUUAUAUAUCACGUCAUGAUACAACUAUUCGAGCAAUAUUUCUUCUUAAUAAUGUUAAUUAUCUUCUCAAGCGACUUGAAAAUUCACCACUUUUGGUUAUGAUUCAACGAUGUCAACCUGAUCUAAAAUCGAAAUAUGAGGAUGAUUUUAAAACGAGUUUGAAAGAUUAUACAAAAUGUUAUACGCCAUUAAUUAUUGCCAUUCAACAAAUGCUUGAAUAUGAUAAUGUUAAUCGUUUAUCUGAUGGAAAAUUACGUGAUCGUGAUCGUGAACAAUUAAAAGAAAGUUUUGCAACUCUCAAUGCUGCUAUUGAUAAUCUACGACAACAAUGUCAAGAAUAUAUCGUUAGUGAUGUUGAUUUACGUGAUCGUCUAAGAACUGAAGGCAAACUAUUAAUUAUGGAUAUGUUUAGAACAUAUUAUAAUAAAUUUUCAAAUAAAGAUUUUACAAGAAAUCGUGAAAAAUAUAUUCGCUAUGAUCCAAGAAUCCUCGAAUCGAUUAUUGACAAUUUUUUUGAACAUCAUUCAUAA